CCGACGGGCUCGCAAUCCACUGAGGAGAAAAAGGGAAAAGAUUUCACCGUGGCAGUCGGCAUCGAUUGCUCUGGGACGCAGAGGCAGUGGGAGAUGAUCGGCACCCUCUCUGCUGAACGCCGGCAGGGCUAAGACAGCGUCAGCAUCAUCGAUAUCAUGAGCUCCUCAUCGGGCAGCCUUCGCAGCCAACGCCUGCCUCCGGAGGCCGAACGAGGUCAGAGGAUUCCAGAUACGGACGCGGGCCACCAUCUGAAAGGAAGAGAGAGGCAGCGCUUCUUCGAGGAAGUCUUCCAACACGAUGUGGACGUCUACCUGUCCUCGGCGCACCUUUCUCUUCGAGAUUACACGAGACCACCUAUCGGUAGCAUCUCAUCGAUGGAAGUCAAUGUGGACAUGCUGGAACAGAUGGAGCUGAUUGACAUCCCUGACCAGGAGGCUUUGGAAGUCUUCUUGAGCGCCGGAGGAGAAGACAAUGCCCUGAACUCCACGGCAUCAGCCAACGGAAACAACAACGCAGAGGGAGUCAUCGCGAAUGGACUCCUUCGACAUGUCCUUGAGGGUCUUGACUCCAAAUCCCGCGUUUCGUCCACUUCUUCAAAUUCUUCUUCUGACAGCCAGAUGAACAACGCCAAUCCAGGUGACCCUUGUGGAGUCAUUUCCCAAGAUUGCGUCUCAUGUACCAACAGCGUCAACAGAAUAGCGGCGCCGCCACCACCAGAGACCGCGGAGGAAAGUCUGACUUGA